UUGCCAGGCCCGGCAUUGUUUUCGAGUUCUUUUUGUGUCAACAGCUGUCAAAAGGCUGAACAAUGGUACAACGUCUUACUUUUAGGCGACGUUUGUCGUACAAUACCAAGUCAAACCAAAGGAGAAUAGUCCGAACUCCUGGUGGUCGCCUAGUGUAUCAGUAUGUUAAGAAGCCCAAGAAGAUCCCGAGAUGUGGCCAGUGCAAGAGCAAGCUCAGAGGUAUCCAGCCGGCCAGGCCUGCUGAGCGCUCACGCCUCUGCUAUCGUAAGAAGACAGUGAAACGUGUAUAUGGAGGUGUCCUCUGCCACAAGUGUGUUAAACAACGGAUUGUCCGAGCUUUCCUUAUUGAAGAACAGAAGAUUGUAAAGGUUCUCAAAGCUCAACAGGCCAGUGCAAAGGCUGGCAGGAAAGCUGCGAAGUGAACUAGUAUGUAAAUAAAUUACAACAAAAAAAUA